ACUCGCAUAGUCGCAUGUGUUGUGUAAAGAGAAUCUGAGAAUCACAUUAUGUUGUAAAUUUCGGAAUUGUUUAACGUUUUCACACUCGAUUUUAUAUCUACGCCUUAAACGUGUUACGAAUAUUUUAAGUUUUGUCUUUUAUUAUAUUAUUUAUGAUCUCAAAACCUUAUCUUCGUUGCCUUUUAAACAGAUACAGAAGCUUCACUUUUGUUAAAGCAAACACGUCACGUUCCGGAAAUCAUCCUAGCAGGACUGAACAUCGUUAUUGCACGACCGACCAACAAAACAUGACGACACUGUCGGAAGUCGUCUCGACGUUGAAGAAGAUGGCACCGCUGUCGCUUGCCGAGUCUUGGGAUAAUGUUGGUUUAUUGGUGGAACCAGAAGUCCGGAAAUCCAUCGGCCGAGUUUUCCUCACCAACGACCUAACCGAGGACGUGCUUGAAGAAGCCGUGAGCGUCGACACCGACCUCAUCGUUUCCUAUCAUCCACCAGUGUUUACUCCGUUCAAAAGAAUUACUUCAGAUGCCUGGAAGAGUCGUAUCGUUAGUCGUUGUCUUGGUCGAGGAAUUGCUAUUUAUUCCCCUCAUACUUCGUGGGACACCGUGGAAAAUGGUUUAACCGAUUGGCUGAUAAGUUGUUUUAGUGGUACAGUGUCUACAAUACAACCACUAAACAUAAAUCCAGAAUUUAGCCAUGUCGUGACUCUAUCGGCGUCACUGAGCGAUAAUACUGCGUUGGGUGGAUUAGAAAUCAAAACCAUCGUGGAGUCGUCAGACUUUCAAGCUGACAAACAUUUCAAAGUUGUAAGCUGCAAUGAUUCUCAACUUCAAGUGUUAUGCAAUUCAAGUUCUUUAUUGACGCUGAAUAAAGUUGCCAAAUCUUCAAAAUGUAAUCUUUUUUUUUACGCCAACAAAAAUGAAUCGUUGCCGUCAUCUUCUACAGGGGCCGGUCGUUAUUGUCAAUUUAAUAACAGGUUGACGAUCAACGAUGCCAUUGAAAAGAUUAAACGUCAUUUGGGUGUCGACAAUUUAAUGAUAGCGCUUGCCAGAGGAUCGACAUUAGAAUCUUCGAUCAGCUCGGCUGCGGCCGUAGCCGGUUCAGGAGCGUCUGUGUUGCGCGGUGUCAACGCCGAUUUGUACUUGACCGGCGAGAUGUCUCACCACGAUGUGCUAGAUGCCGUGCACAAUAAGGUGACGGUCGUACUGGCCAAUCACAGCAACACCGAGCGGAACUACCUGAACGUGUUCGCCGGCCGACUACUCGAAGAGAUGCCGCAGUUGAACGUUCAUGUAUCGAAAGUUGACCGAGAUCCGUUGAUGUUCGUUUGAUUAUUAUAAUAAUAUAUAUAAUAUAUUAAAUGCUAUUG